GCAGUGCGACAGACUGGCGACCUGUACAGGGUGAACCCCGCCUCUCGCCCGAAACGUUCACUGGAGAUUGACACCAGCACCUCUCCCGACCCCACCGGGUACAAGCGGGGACGAGGCUGUACAGAAAAUGGAUGGAUGGAUGGAUGGGUUUGUAGCACAAAAAGUUCCAGAAAUAAUCAGCUAUUUUGGUAGCAUUAUAUGGCAUUUUAUGCUUUUAUUAAUCUAUUUUUUCUAAACUGAGAAAAUUUGUGGAUAAUUUUACCACAGCGGAAUUUAAUUUUGGUUUUUUUUUGUGAAAGACACUGCAUUGCUUUAGGUUUAGCAACGUAAGAGGAACGUUUUCUUUAUUUUCUUGUUUCCACCGGAUCCUGUUUGAUGCGCACUGUCGAGAUUUUGUUUCCUUAGCAACAAUCCCCGCGAUAGCAACAAUGUAUCACACCUAUCAACGAAAGAGACAAUGCAACAAUUCAAAAUUUUAGUUGGCGGUCUGCUCUCUUUCCCCCAUAGACUGAUAUAGUGAAUCGUUGCCAUAUUGUUUUUUUUUUUCCCCUACAAAAUGUCUUUUCAGGAAUCAACUCGUCCCCCCGAUGAUGAUGAGGUUUUCUACAUGCAGUGUCGAGCUGCUUAUCUUGCUGUGUUCCGAUCAAGUUUGUCUAAUAUAUCUUCAAAACAGCAGUUGUGUCGGGUUCUCCAGCAGGCUGGUAGGAAUCCGUCCCAUGCGACUCUCAAUAAAUACUGGACUUCUAGAACAUCUAAGCUAAACUUUGAUGACUUCUGCGAGAUUCUGAAAUGCGAAAGGAAAACCGAGGAGGCUGAGAUAAUGAGAGCUUUCAGAAAACUAGAUGUAAACUGUGACGGCUACAUCACACACAGCGUACUGGAGAAGGCUCUAACAUCUAGCGGCGAGAAGAUGACAGCGGAGGAGGUAAAUGCUGUUUGUUCAUUGUCAGACAUAAACAAGGAUGGAAAACUGGACUAUGCUGAGUUCUGCCGGCGGCUUGUUUCUACAACGGAGCAGUGUCAAACGGCUGCUCUGGACAAGCUGGAAGCUGACGCUAAGCUAAAGAGGCAGAACUUUGGCAGCCAGUUGUACAGCCCUCCUAAAAGCUCAGUGGCAUCAGCAUCAUCUGUAUCACCAGCUCAACAUGCGGAAUCAGACUCCACUGUCAAAAAAGACAGCCAGUCCUCUUCUCGUCCUCCUUCUGCUCGCAGCAGACGGUCGUCCCUGUCAAACUCAGUCACAGUGGCAUCCAGCAGCAGUAAGGCAGGCAAAGUUCAGGAACCGUCAGGUUUACAGGAUUGGCAUCACUGCUUUAUGAAAGGCUGCUUCUUUGUGGACGAUAAGGGCAGCAUUAGCUCUCUGCAGUACCACCUUCAUCUUCCUCAGAAAACCAGUGUCUAUCUAACCAUUCAGCCGCUGAGCCUCAGCCACAGACCUGAUAAGCCUCCAGCAUGGAUGAAUGUGGACACGGCUGUUUUUGUCAUGACAGCAGGUGAAACCAAAGAAGACUCGGCUUUAGUGUGUUUCACCGAAUCAAAAGACAAAGAAAAAUAUGUUUGGAAAGGAGAACUAAACGCUGGGACUUACCGCCUGCUUCCCUUCACCAGUGGCUGCAGGUUAAAGAAACAAAACAAAACUAACUUUUCGGAUAAAUCUGUCAAACUUGUCUACAAGACAGACACAGGAGAACUAGACCUCACUAGCGAGCUGAGGGAGGUGCUGUCUGAAAUCUUUGAGAUGAUUGACCUGGAUGGGAAUGGUUUGCUAAGCCUGGAUGAGUACAACCUGUUUGAGCUGAGGACCAGUGGGGAGAAGUGUGACCAGGAUGCCUGGGCCGUGUGCAAAGAAAACUUUGAUAUGAGGAAAAACCAGCUGACGCGGCAGGGUUUUAUGGAGCUGAACCUGAUGGAGGCCACAGAGAAAGAUGGAGACCCUGCAGACCUUUGGGUGACCCUGGAAUCUAUGGGUUACAAUCAUAUGCUGGAGUUAGUAGAGGCAUGUCCAUUCCAAAUAGAUGUACACUGUGAAGGUACUCAGCCAUCCAUGCAGCCACUUUGCUUGGACUCAGGCACCAAGCUUUUGAACCAAGCCCUCCAGAAGUCCAUCACCUUGAGGUUUGGGGCCAAAGCACUUCGAGGGCAUGACAACGUCUUCAUCUACACCUACAGAGGAGACCACCGGAUUUCCUCCCUCAUAGUCAACAAGGCCAAUCAGAAGGUGACGGUUCAUGUAAACAACGAGCAGAGCAGGAACUGCUGCAGCAGCAGAGGGAUGGCUAUGUUUGCUAUUGAAGUUCCAGCCAGGACCAAAAUGGUGUGCCAACACGUGCUACCCAUUAAUGAAAAGCAGGAAUGGGUCUAUAACUGCGUGGAGACCAGUUUACCCAGCACAUAAAGCUGAAACUGCUGAACAUAUUGCAAUCAUAAGAAGGUUGUACUACAGAAAGACUCUCUGAAGUCUGUGCUGGACGGUUCUACUUCUG